AUGGUGGUGGAAGGAGUUUCGGCUGCCGAAUACCUCGGCCAAGUGCGUGCUGCAGCAACGCGUAGGACCUCAGAGAAGCUCUACAAGCGUCUGGUGAGGCAUGGGCGCGGUUACGAGGUUUUUCCGGGAGAGGAUAUACCGGGAAGUCGCAUUCUGCUGGGCGAGCUGCUCCUCAUCGGCUUCGUCGAGCAGUACAACUCUGGAGGCUCUACUGAAGACUUGAUGGAACUGUUUCACAGCAGAUGUCUUCACGAAAUCUCUAAAACGGGGUAUCUCUUGUCCUACGCGCAGCCUUACAACCGGCCGCCCAUUAUCGCAUUCCAGAAUCUGCAGAUUUUAGGCAACAGACACAUCCCGGGUGACUUGUCUCCGUGCUCACCUCAGGGCACAGCGUCACUGAAUAGCGGAUCUUCUAGCGGGAUUCCGAGUCCUACUGGUUCGCUGAGCGUCGGCGAAGUCGACAUCGACGCGUCGCUGAGCAUGACCAUAGGGGAGUUUCGGCACGAUGAGGCGAACAUGGGUCAAUCGCCGAUCACUAUCGCAGAAGAUGACAUGAGCGAUCCAGACAUGGUGUCGACAAUGGGAUCUAAUGUCCAACGACAAAUAAGCAGCAUCACAUUCGGGGCUGACAGCGAGGAAAUGUUCUACGGCCCGGCGCAAUACGCCGAGUCGCCGCAAAGAUUGCUGGAAACCAUCGGCCAUACAUCAGCGCCUGCGCGUGUAUGGGAGCGCAAAGUGGACGCAGGGCUUAUGCAACGGAACUGCAGUGUGCUGUGGAGGUCUCGAAUCGCAUCCUUGUUUACCGUGGUGACCUCCCUUUCCAGCGCCACUCAAGUCUCCGGUUGUCCCCAGUGUGCACAGCUGCUGAAAGUCGUCAGUUCGUCAUUUCCGUGGAGAUUGAGCUUCCUGUUGUGGUGUAUGAGACGCAUCGAUAACCUGGAGGCAGUGUACGGCCAAAUGUUCCACGAACUGGUCUGGCUCUACCACAAUGGCGACGCACUGAUGGGCACCUAUUACGGACAGGUGGCCAAUAGCAUUGGGUACAAUGUGGACACGCCAGAGCUGGUCAAGACUGAGGCGAAGACUCUCGCCCACACCCUUGUAGGGUGGCUGUCGGACCAACGCAUCCACAGGUUCAUCGAGGCGUUUCCGAACAUCAAGCUGCAUAAGCUCCUGUUAUCAGCCAUCUUGAAGCUGGCGCCUGCCAGUGGCGCCAGGCACGUAGACCCGGUGCACCUAAAGUUGUUCAGAGGCGCCGCCGUAUCGUUCAUGUUGGGCUUUGGGAUGCAUGUACUUGAGGACAUCUGCAACACUGGCCGCCUAUCGUUCGACAAGUACACCACACAGGGAGUCCAGUUCUCCUACCGCCUGAAUUUGCGACUGCGUCAACUUGGGUGCAUGGUGGAGGAGUACGUCAACGUAGCAGCUCCUUAUGCGCAGGCCAGAGAUGGGUGGAAGGUCAUCGCGCCCUUCUUGGGCAGCACCGGACUGUGCAGGUGGUUGCAGUCGAUGAACUUCUUAACAUGGUCUGGCGAAGGAGAGCGGAUGCAAUGCAGGUUGGCCAUUGUGGUGCUCCACAUGGUGGCGCUGAAUCACCAACACCCAUUUUUACGAUCGGGGGACAUCAUGUUUCUGAGAAAAUUCCACUGCUUGCCAUGGGCUUCCGCACUGACCUUCUGCUGCAAGGACCCCGCCAUCAACCACAUGGUUGCUCCACUAACAAGCGCACUGGUGCAGUGCUUGGGCGAGGGGAUGCUGCUCAACCUGGCGUCGGGUGACACUGUGAUCAGCACCGUCAACGACGCGAUGCUGAAUGCCUCGGCGGGAGAGAAGGAGCUCCACGGAUAUUGCGCAAUGAAGCUGGAAUCGAUUGUGUCUUCGAAUCGCACGACGAUGUACACGCUGUUGCGUGUAUUGUGGCCAAAAAUUAUGAGCAAGACACUCGGUUAUAUCGUGAGGCGCAUGGCGCUUCCCGCCAUAAUCUACUAUUCGGCAUCCCACCUGAUGCGCCUCAUAUGGAAUCAGCGCGAUCCGCAGGAAGGGGUGAGUGUAGGGAUUGUGCCAACCGACAAGACGCAGGAACGGUCCCCCAAACCAAACGGCGAAGCCGGCAAGCAAGCCUUGGGGGUCCGUUGGGCGAUAUGCCAUUUGAACACGCUGUACUCUAUCGAACCCACGCUCUUCGACUCGGCAUUCUUGGACAGCAUCAUAUACAACUACGUUGCGAAUAGGAGCACGGUAUCCAUCCAAAGGAUGCAAAAAGUGCUUAUGCUGUUCCAUAUCGAUGCAAGUGCUGCUGAUAUACAGAACGAGAUCUCGUCCAACUACAUCGCACUGCACCAAAACCCCAUCAACGUGCUCUUGCGCAUGCCUGGCAAAGCUGUUCUGAACUCGUUCGUGCUCAGGGCGUUCCCCAAUCUGCUGCUACAGCUCUUCCACAGCCUCUACAAGUAUGUCUGUUACGGAUUCUCCAGUUUCAACGUGGGCGGGAAUUCUCAGCUGGAGCCUGCGCAUAUAAACUCCCUACAGGAAGCAGCGGCACUCAAUGUGAUUCUGGACCUUCUGCCCGAAACUAUGCCUCGUGCGGUUGAAAUCAACAUCUCAAGCUUUUUGUCGAUGCUGAGUUCAAAGGCGACCUUCACCGACGAAACAAUCUCCGCCAGUGGCCUCCCUCCGAACAAGAUUCUGUCGUGGAUAAAUCUCGGUGUGCCGGAGGAGAGAUCUUUAGAGAAGGUUGCGGAGCGGUUCAAAGUUGCGGUGCACAACCUCCUCAAAUCUACCAAGGUGCACCCUGCUGGAUCGGUGGGGCGUGUCACCAUCAUCCCUCCUAAAGACGGGCAACGCACGUGCCUCGAGCCGUACAGCGCGGGGGAUGUGGCGACCUAUCACCUGUACACCGUGCUACUACAGGUGAUGGAUAUGCCGGAACUUUCUAAGACACCGGGUAAUAUCGCAGAAGAUACCAACGCACAGCGAUUUGUGCGGGUUAUCGACAUAUAUUGGCGCUGCCUACAGAAGGCCAGCAUGCGCAACUCCGUGCUGGAGUUCAUCAAGAGUUCCAUAUCAAUCGUUCUUCGCCUGCACUAUCUCUGCCCCUGGAUGGUAAACAAGUCUACAGAGAAAUUGCAAACAUGGAUACACUCCGACCGCGGUGGAGAGCCGGAGUUGCAGGAGUUCACGAGAACGGUAAUAAACAGCCUGCGCCAAAUAUACGACGACAUCGCGGAACUGCAAAAGCUAGACGAGUUCAACUGA